GAGACCGAUGCUGUUAAGAGCGAGAGGGCCUGAAGAAGGUGGGGAGUGAGGCUGAAGGUGUCUCAGGCUUUGGGAACGGGAGGGGGUGUAGGGAAGAGGUACAGGGGGAUUCCUGAGUGCUGGCUCUGAAACCUGAGGCCGCUUGUGCUUUGGCUUCCUGUCAACCCCAGCUGUGCAUGGUAGGGUUUGUCCCUCACCUCACCUCGAAUCCAUGAGAGCCUAGGAGAGGGCAUUUCGCUUUUCCUGCGUCUGGGAGCCCCUGAGACUUUGCCCUUUGCCCUUUGACAUGUGUGCAGCUUCUGCUACUCCAGAUAUGGAGGACUUGAAUAAAAGAGACCAACCAUUCAUGACAAUUCAGAAAAACGAUAGCUCAGAUAAUCUGGUGUUCCGAAUGAAAAAUGGAAUGAGAGGCACCAAGUAUAAACCAGUAGACUAUCAACAGUUGCAAGCAUUAAUGGAAGCAAAAAAAUUAGCUUCUGCCUCUGUAGAGCUAAAGAUCAGGAAAGCAGAGCAGACUUCAAAGAUAUCUAAGGAACAAACACUAAUAAAACAACACAAGCAAGUGUGGUGGCAGGAACACCAACGGCUAACUGAUGUCAGAUGUAAAAUGGAAUCUGAAAUUAAAUCCUUUCUCAGUAAAGAGAACAUUGGAAAUGAAUGUCUUUCUGACCUUACAAAUUUUGAACAAGAGUUAUCAGAACAAUGGUACACAUAUCUUAAAAAUGUGAUAAAUCCUAUUCAGCAGCUGAGAGCAGAUCUGAAAUACAGACAGCAUCACAUUUCACAGUAUUCAUACUCACAUAUUGUGCUUAACUCAGUGAAAGUACUGGAAGAGAUUGACUUCGUGAAGAAACAAUUGACUGCUGUCUUUGAAAGACUUAGUCUGGAGCAACAGAAAAUAGAAAAUUAUCUUUCAGACUGGAGUAUGAAGAUACUAGAUUAUUCUUCAGAAGAAAGAAGUAAACUGCUUAGUGAACUGCCCAUGGAAUUAGAAACUUUGGAAUGCCCAUACCCUGAUUUGAAAUCUUCAAUUCUUCAUGAGUUCUGUAACUUUACAGAGAAAUAUAAAAAAAAACUUCAAGACUUUGAUCUGCAGUUAGAAGACAUAUCCAGAAACUUCCAGUUAAGUGAGGAAGACCACUGGAUUUACCAGGCUGUUUUGGAUCAGUAUCCUGGAGAUCUCUGUGGCAGAAGAACUCUGUAUCUGAACAUGUUACAAAGAUAUUUUCCUCACAAAUCCAGGCAUGAUUUGGUGGAACAUGAGAAAUAUUGUGAUCAAUAUCACUUUGCCAGGGAGCAACGAAGGAUCCUGAUAUCAAAUUGGAAUAAGAACAGGAGAGACUUUAUCCAGAAGGCUGUGCUGACCCUUGCCGAGGCCUGUGCAGCACACACAAUGGAGGACACGUUGGCUAAGGACAGGAGAAAGCAACAGGAACUGUGUGCUCAUCUGAAAGCCAAGGUUCUUCAUUGGCGAGCCCACCAGGAAGAGGUAGCAAGACUGGAAAUGGAAAUUUCUGCCAGGAGAAGAGAAAAGGAGAAGGAGAAGGAGAAAUUAUGGAAGGAGAAGGAAUUGUUACAAAGAGCAGAGAAGAAAAAGAAAAUAAGAAAAUACUGGGCUAAAAAAGAGCAGAAGUGGCAAGAAAUGGAAAUGAGAGAUCUUCAGCGUCUGGAAGAACUGAAGAAAUUAAUGGCUGAACAAUCAGUGAAAGACAGAGAAAGGGUUAAAUAUAGACAAGAAUUACUGGAAAAGCGUUUGAUGGAGAAAAAAGAAGUGGCCCUUCAAGAAGCUCAUGAAGAAGAAGAGCGAGAGAGGCGGCUAGAAGCCCUUAGGAAACAGGUUGCUAUUGUUGCUCAGUUUGAUCCUGUUAGAAUGAUGUCAGAUACAACCGCAUCAAAAGCAAGGAUGGGUAUUGGAAUUGAAGAAGAAUUUAUUCUUCAAAAACCACUCUUUACAAUGAAUACAUACAAUGAAUACCAGAUAAUUUCUGACCCUAGACUCCGUUUCGAGUUAGCGCUUCGAGAAGCUGGACUUCAUAAAACAUUUUAUGCCAAAGAGAUAUUACCAAAAAUCAGUCCUCGAAAACCUCCAAGAAAGGACAUGGAGUCUACUGUAUUUAAAAUCUAGAGUUCAUCUGCAAAUCCUAUUAUAUGUAAAUAAGAUUUUUCUUUGAAAACAAACAUUUAUAUGGAUAACAAUUACUACUUUCUAAAAACUUUUUAAAUAUCAGAUAUAGAAAUCAAAGCAUUCAUUAAAACAUCUUUGUCUUUUAUGA